AUGUACGUAGUUAUCCUUGUAUUAACCGUACACCCACCUUCACCGCCACUAACCAUGCCUCUCCUCUCACCUGCCUUCGCCACCGUACACCAGGCAUUCGCUGAAAUGUUUGGACAUCCCAACAACGCGCCCGGCUUCAAGCUCAAGGCGCGUGUUGAUGAGGACCCUGACGCAGGCGGCCGUUGCUAUACCACGCCUGAAACAGGAACGUGGUGGAAUGAUGCUCAGGAACACUUCGGUUGGUCCGAAGUUGUGGGGGGGAUCAUCUUAUAUUCCGAUGUGACGCACAUGAGCAACAACGGCCGGAAGAAGGCGUGGCCGCUCAUGAUGACGCUGGCCAACAUCUCCCAGGCCAAGCGAUGGGGGAAAGCCGGGCACACACUACUUGCCCUCCUUCCUAUCCCCCCGUCUGCAAUGUCUGCCGUGGAGAAGGUGAUGCUCUUCCAGCGAUGCGUCAUCACCGUGCUGCAGCCGCUUCUUGAUGGCAUCGCCAGCGGGUUCCGUCUCAGGGACCCUUUCGGUGAUUGGCAAACCGUGCGCCCCCUGCUGUACGCCUGGGUGUGCGACUACCCCGAGAGCGGCAAGAUCAGUUGCACACUCUCGCAUGGAUCGCGGAUGCCGUGCAGCAUCUGCUAUGCUGCAAAGGAGCAUCUGAGUGCGGUCAAGGCACGGAACACGCCGCGCACGCCUGAACAGCAGCAAUGGAUCGUUAACGAGGCGGCUGGGACGACAACUAGCCAGGACAACCCGUGCAAGGCCUACUCUACCUACCCUGUUGAGUGCGUGCUCUGGAAGUGGGAUGUCCCAGGGACCGCGUGGGGCAAUCCCUACCUCGUGGUCAUGCCUGACAUCAUGCACCAGGCGGACCUGGGCAUCAUGAGCCACAUUGUGGCUGUCGUGCGCAAGAUGAAGAAGCGGCGUGUGAAGCAGAUGGACAGGCGCCUGUCCCUCAUUCGCGACCGCACGCGCCUGAAUCACAUGCGCCUGCCGGAGAGCGCCUAUUUCGAGACCGGAGCAUGUGUCGCGGCCUAUGAGCACAGGGCCGUCAUGCAGGUCAUGGUGUUUGUCUUUGCUGGCCUGCUUCGCCAGCCCCAGAUGGAUGCCGUUCGUGCCUAUCUUGGCUGGCUCGUUGAGCAGUUGCAGGCUGCGUUUCCAAAGCAGCCAUCCUCUUGGUGCCUUGUGAAAACACAUCUCAUGUCACACUACGUCGACUCCAUACGUCGCGCGGGUCAUGUGACUGAAUUCAGCACCAACAUGUUCGAGCACUUGCACGGACCGUUGGUAAAGAGGAUCUACCGUCGGUCCAACAAGCGCAAUGUAGAUGGGCAGAUCAUGAAGUUCCAUGCUAGGCGCAUUCCGGAUGUGGUGCCGGUGGAUGAUCCUGCUGGCCGGGACACCGCCAUGCGGCAGGCGAUUGAGACCGACACACGGACGCUCAUCAAGGAGUCAUACCUCCUCCCUGUGGAGUUACCAGAAGAACCCACCUCCACCAACUGGUUUGCAAGGAAGUGGGCCAAGCAACACCCUCGUGCCCAAGCAGCCCUCAAGGAUGCGCUUAUGCGUUAUGCAGGAUGCGUCACCAAGAUUCGAGCCCAUGCAUCGCUGGCAAUCCCUGCAGCAGACGACGCCAGCUUCUCAAGAGUUUCUCACUUCGUUCGAGCGACCCCUGACUAUUUUGAGAGGCCAUGGUACUCGGAUGUUGCAGUGGAGGGUGUAAGGUAUGGUCGGAGAGAGGAGUGGUAUGCAAGGUUGCUUCUGUUGUUCCAUACAAAAAUACGUGGAGAGAGGGAGGAGCUGGCUUACGUUAGAUAUUGGAAUGCAAGCGGAGAGGAUACAGCAACAGGAUGCCUUCGCCUCAAGUGGACAACAGAAAUGUACGCGUACUCCGUGAUUCCGAUUGAAGCGCUGCUCCGCCACGUCCAUGUGGUGAAGGCAUUCCAUCUGGACAGUACCUAUCUCCUUAAUAAGUAUCAAAUGUGA